GGAGCGCCGCUCUACUUCUGAAGACCUGGCGGUGAAGAAGCAACUAGAAGAUCUUGCGAGCUCCAUCGCUGGUAUGAGAGUUUCAUUGACAUGGCACAACAGAGGAAGGAGGAGAAAGCAAGAGCCAAAAUGGAGAAGGAGAAGCGUUUACGAGAGGAGAAGGAACGAGUGCUGAGAGAAGAAGAAGAAAGGCUUGCUAAGGAGCGGCGAUUAAAGAAGAAAGAGGAGAAGAAACGUUUGGAAGUCGAAAGUCGGGAAGCCUUGCGUAAGGACCUACGAAUGGAGAUUCGCAAGCACAUGCGAAGCGUGUGCGAGGAAUUGCAUCAGCAAUUGGUGACUACGCAGACUACAAAGAGCAAGGGCAAAGGGAAAGUGCCCGUGAAUGCGUCCUCUGAAGAUGAGAGCUGCGACUCAGAAAGUAGCGAGAUCGAGGCUCUAAGCGAGCAGGCGGAACGCCUAAUUAUCAGUGAAAAGCGGAAGCGCAGCGCGGAGCGGACCACUGGCGACAGCCCACCAAUGGAGACUCCGGCUAAGCGGACAGCGACACGCAGCGUGUUGGAUCCUAAACGCCUGAUGUUGAGCGUGAAACGUCAACCUAUGAAGUUGUCACCUGCCAAGAAGACUCCGAGAUCUCUUAGGGGCGUGCAGAAGGCGAAGAAGGUGCCGGCAUCACCGGACACAAUGGGGAGAUUACUAUUUGUCACCGAUAACAUACGAGACUUGGGUGACCGUAACAUCGAAGAGUUGAAGCAGAUCUGCAGGGUGGAGAAUGUUCCUUUUGAAGGUUUGAAGAAAAUGGAUAUGAUCCUGGCGAUUACCGAGAAGCGUUCUAAAGUGGCGUACGACACCGAAGCGGGAGCUGAUGAGGUUGGGAGGGUGGAUUUCUACAAGUUGUUGUCGGCACAGGAAGAGAAGGCUGCUGUACAUUUUUCGUUCUUUAUCGAUAGCGGUAACGCAUGGUGUGGAGGCUGGAAAUCGGUUGCGCGCGCGUUCAGUAAUUCGAUCGUUUGCUGCGGGCGACAGCGGAAGCUUCUUAGAAUGUGUAAAGUGGAUUUUGAGAAGGGAGGUACCUUUGACAUGGUGCGUUUGGUCAGGUGGCUACCUAAAGCUGGCUUUGACAAGCGUUUUCUGAGAUCAUUAUUCCGCAAUCCUCGUCGUCUCGAAGUUAUGAAGACAUGUAGUUUGGAGGCGCUGCUGCGUUUGAACAAGGCUGCGGGUGAUUUCCAGAAAGCAUCGUCAGCAGCUUACCUGCGUCGUUUCAUCGUUCGAGCAAUCAAGCUAUCCUACAGAUGGAAAUUGAAUGCCAAGUUGAUCAUACGGUUAAAGUUCGAUUACCGUAUCCGUUUGGUGGAAGUUCGGAAGCUUGUCAAUGACAAGAUCGAGGCGGUACCUGUUCCUCCCUGCUUGAGAGAUGCUGCACGGAGUAUGAUCCGGAUCGUUUGGGUUAAAAACCCUUCGGUCGCGGAAUUGAUACAUAAUCAGCGUCGUUUUGCGAAAGCUGAAGUAUCUACCUGCGUUUGUGCAGGGCUUCCCUACCCUCGGGUAGGUGUCCACGUACAGUUCCGCCAGCAGGAGUUGGAAGGGAUCAAUCCGAUUAUUUGUCAUGCGACGAAUGUUCCUAAGUUGGGUAUUCCAGGCCGAGUGAAGCAGUUGGGGAGGGAAAUUGCAGCAGGGUUUGCUGAGUGGAGUAACUGGACUGGACCCGAGAUUUGUUGUCAGCACUCGGAGACGAAGUGUAUGAGCGGGAGCUCUGGGAAAGGUGAGAAAUUCCUGGAUCCUAGUGAAGUAGAGGGGGUGAAGAUGGCUCUCGAUGGUUUGGUACCGACUUCGGUGGAUCGCAAUGCGGGCGAGACACUCGUCAUGUGCCCAGCUUCAUACUAUGAAGGGAUGAUGAUGAUGUUUGUGACUUCAGCAGGUUAUAACAUUGUGGAGGAAUCUGAGGCGGAGGUACACCGGAGGAUGCGAGCUCAGGCGAAAGAUAUGAAUCUGCAAAAGUUUGUGCGGUGGGAUGUGAAAGGGAAGGUGGGUAAAGCCUAUAUUAUGCCGAAGCAUAAGGACCUGACGCGGUAUAGGCCCAUCUGCCCGACCUUCUCUGAACCCACUGUUCGUACUUGUCGUGCAGUAGCCAAAGGUCUCAACCAUCUGUUGAGGACUAUGCCUACUGGCAGCAAUUUCAAUUUGAAAUCUGUCGGCGACCUGGUACCGAGGUUGGAGAAGUGCAACCGGAGGAUUGCUAAAUCGGCAUGUGGGGAUUUCGAUUUGGUAUCUAUGUCCCAUGAUAUCAAGGACAUGUUUACCAAAUUGCCUCAUAAUGAUAUUGUUGAUGCAGUCGAUUGGGUCAUAGAUCACCAUGAGAGGAAGGGAAGGAAUUCGGUACGGGUUAACACGAAGGGCAAGGGCUGCUCUUUCGGAUCAACGGUUGGAGACGAAGCCUGGAGAAAGUUAGCCUUCGUUGAUAUUCAAAAGUUUGUGCGAUGGGAGUUGGAGCACACGUUCACACGGGCUACCGGUGUUUUGUUGAGGCAAGUUGUUGGUAUACCGAUGGGCAAGAGUACGAGUCCGCCACUUGCCUGUAUUCUGUGCACCUUUGCCGAAUUCAAAUUUUUGAAUAGUCUGGGGCAUUGGCGCCUUUCGGUUUUGGGUUUCCGCCUUAUGGACGACGUUAGUUUGGUCAUCAUCAACGGGCGUAAGAAGCAGACACCGGUGGAUUUGAUUCGAAGUCGUUUCGAAGUGUGCUACCCCAAUGGGCUCACCUUGAAACGAACGGAUCAGGAGCAAGGUUCAUGGGAUUUUUUGGGGACUAAAAUGACUGUGGACGUCCUGCAUCCAUACUUGCGUUGCGUACAAUCUGCCAAAAAUGAAGUCUCGAUGUGGGAGGACGAGAAACUGGAGUUCAAGAAUGGACAGACGUACUAUUCAUGGGGCUGUAAGAUGCAGAAGAGUGCAGCUAUUGAUAGCUGCUUACACCGUAUCAUGAGGAACACAAAUGUGCGAUCAGCAAUCCCACUGCGAGUUCUGAGUUUGCAACGUGAACUCAUGCUGAAGGACUUUCCGAGCACCUCUCUGCAACGGGUUUUGAAACGCUUUGCAGUCGGGAGAGAUUCGAUUUGGGGAUGGACGUAUGAAUGGUUGUAUGGUUAGUGUUGUUGUCACCUGACGUGUGGGAAACGGCAGUGGGUAUGUAACAUGUUUUCUACGCUUAGCCUAUUGCUUCCUUUUA